AUGGAUAAUAUGUUUUUAGUUGUGUUGGCAGGAACUUACGCUUCAAGGUGUACUGACGCCCAGAAGGCGCAGGCUCUCAUUUUCUUACGUCACCACUUGAACCACGACCUGGAAAAUGAAUACCUGACUGAAAAGGACCCUUUUGCAUUAUGGAAGUCCCUGAAGGACCGUUUUGACCAGCAGUCAUCAAUUGUACUCCCUCAAGCUCAAUUUGACUGGCUUAAUCUUAGGUUUCAAGACUAUAAGUCAGUAAUUGAUUACAAUUCGGCGCUUCACAAAAUAGUCUCGCAACUAAAGCUCUGCAAACAAGAAGUUUCAGAGAAAGAUUUAAUUGAAAAGACCCUAUCUACUUUUCAUGCGAGUAACCUUGUACUCCAGCAGCAGUACAGGGCAAAGAAUUAUGAAAAGCAUUCUGAGCUUAUAUCUGCACUUCUUGUGGCCGAGAAGCACAACCAAUUGUUGAUGAAAAACCAUAACGCACGAUCGGUUGGGUCUGCCCCAGUGCCUGAAGCACAUCAUAUUGCCCAGGGAAGCAAUUCUAGAAGGGGUCGAGGAAGGGGUCGUGGUAGAGGUCACGGUCGAAACAACCGAAGUGGUAGAGGCAAAGGCGGCAAUGACUCCCGGGUCCAAGAUAAGAAACGGAGUGAUCAAGGUUCAUCGAGGUCACAAAUUUGCUAUCGGUGUAGGUGUGAGGGGCAUUGGUCUCGUACGUGCCGCACACCAAAGCAUCUGGUUGAAGCAUACAAAAUGAUGCAAAGGAAAAAUGAUAAGCAGCCGUCAGGAAGAGAAUCUCAUCAUACUAUUACUAAUUUGCCUGAAGCAAAUGCAGUAAUGAAUGAUGAUGACGAUGACCUUCUAAAAUAUGAGCUUGAAGACUUUGGUGAUCAGGAGUGAUUUGUUUAUGUUUGUGGGUUAUGAACCUAUGUUUUUUUUUUUUUUUUUCAUUUUCAUGACUUAGCAUCUAUGUUUUUCUAUUUUAUCAUGAUGGAUGACUCGUUUUUACUCUUUACUUACUAUUUUUUUAUGCGAAUUUGAUAAGUAAGUAAAUAAUGAAUAGCCACUGUCUGAGAA